AUGUGCGCCACAUGCGGGAAAAGUGUCUCCAGUGCCGCCCGGCUUAAAUACCACGCCUUCUAUGUCCACCGGGAAGGGGAACCCCCCAAGAUUCACUCUCCAGAUAAAAAGUACAUGUGUCAGAUGUGUGGUAUCGCCUUCAUCAAGCCUUCGCGGCUUAAAGUCCACCUGUACAAGUCCCAUGGUGAGGGAGAGCUUCCAUCUCCGCCAAAGUCGCCCAAUCCUUGCCCCAUAUGCGGGAAGAAACUGUCCUCUCAGUACAUGUUGAAUCGUCACGUGGCCCUCCAUGUGAAAACAGGAAGUGAUGACAUCAGUGGUGAGGGUGAAUCAGAUCUUCACAAACAGUACGAUAAACAGUAUCCCUGCCUAACCUGUGGAAAAGUUUUUUGGAAGGCUUAUCAACUCAAUGCCCAUUGUAUUCAGCACCGUACGGAAAAGCCGUUUGAGUGCGAUGAGUGUGGGAAGGCAUUCAAACAGCGCUCACACUACAAUGUUCAUCUCCGAAGACACUCUGGUGAAAGACCGUUUUUGUGCGUCAAGUGUGGAAAGGAUUUCAUGACUUCACAGUCUCUAAAGCUUCACUCAGCGUCUCACACUGAUGAACGUCCCUGGCUGUGCUGUUUCUGUGGAAAAGGGUUCAAAACCCGCAUGACGCUGUACAGACACUCAAAGAUCCAUGACAGUAACAGACCAUUCAGAUGUUUAGUAUGCGACCAAUGUUUUAGCAGCAGUGGUGGGUUAAAACGGCAUAUGAGAGUGCACAGUCCUGCAAGGGCAAGCACAGGAGCAUUUACUGUCAUCAAACCAUUGAAUGGAAAAGAGGUGUCUGAUGAAUGUGAUGACGGUGAUGGUGAUACCUGUGGUAAUAUGAAAGAAGCUGUUAACAGGAACAUAAAAGAUGAUGAGUCAGAUGUUCAUGAUCAGAAUGUAAGUGUGAAUGACAGUCGAGUUAACGUGAUGGACACUAUGUCAUAUUCUGAUAAAGAUGAUGACGUCAAAGAUAAUGUUGAAGAAACUGAUAAUGAGAACAAUAUGACUGACACAUCAGAUUUUGACGAAGAUCAAAAUGAUCCGGAAGCUGAUGAGAGGAGUGUCCUGGAUGAAACGCGAGAUGUUCAUGAUGAUGAGGAUGUCAGUGACAUUUCCAAGGAAGCUGAUCGCAUCGAUGCUCCAGAUGAUGUAUCCGAUGAAAACGGAAACGACCACUAUGAUUGUGCUGAUCCUGACGCUUAUACAGAAGGCGAGGAACUUAGGAAGGAAAAGUCUAGCUUUAAAGCUAAUAAUGGUUUCGGUUUUUUUCAAGGAAAUAAGCUGUCGACAGAGUCUGGAUAA